AUGGUGUCUUUUGACGUCGUCUCACUCUUCACGUCCAUACCACAUGCCCUUGCGGUCGAAACGCUCAGUGACCUGCUACGUCAAAAUUACGAUGGGGGCGAUGGCCAGCCCACAGCUCAGGAUCUCAUAGAACCCAUGGGGCACCGCCUCAAGACAUUCUUUACCUUCGAAGGGACCACAUACGAGCAGAUCAAGGGCACUCCAAUGGGUUCACUAAUCUCCGGGCUCAGUGCUGCAGCGGUUCCACAAGAACUCGAGAGACGACUAUUCGAGGAGUACAAACCCAAGUUUUGGGCACGCUACUUUGAUGACACCUUUGUUAUCAUCGACCGGGAUAAAGUCAACUACCUUGCGAAAGUACUGAACUCAAUCAUUCCCGAUCUACAGUUCACGAUGGAAGAGGAAUUAGGGGACAAACUUCCAUUCUUGGAUGUUCUCGUCUUCCGCCAACCAAAUGGCGAACUAGCGACGCCGGGCUACAGAAAACCGACGAACACGCUGCAAAUGCCCAGAUGCAACAGCAACCACCCGCUACAACACAAACGAAGCUGUGCCCGACGGGUGGAAACUCAUUGCAGCACGCCAGCCGCCAAACUGGACGAGAUAAAGCUCUUCGAGAACUCUUCAGAGCCAAUGACUAUCCGCGAGCAUUCAGUGCACGGAGCCGGAGGCAGCCAAAGAAACGGGACGAAGAGUAUAGUCAGUCAAACUCGUGGCGGAGCAUUCCGUACAUUAAAGAGGGCUCCGAAGCCGUGGCUCGAUCACUCGUGCCACUCGGAAUAG